AUCAGUAUGCGCAGCUGUGUUCUCAAGUGGCCAUCAUUAUCACUCUCAUAGUACGAGUAACUGCGCUUCAACGGUCUGGUCUGUUCGUCCGUCCAUACUCAGCGCUCGUCGGUACGCAUCGCGCAUUCAAAAUCAGAACAGUCCAAAAUGUAACAACAAUAAACACGACGAAAUGCGACCGGACCAUACUCAUACCCGCGUUAGUCGAAAAAAUUCUCAAAAAAUAAACAUUUCUACUCACUGCAUCCGUUUUGCGGACACACGGUUGUUUGGUUCCCAAGGAAUUCUCACAAAAACUCACUUCCUUUUACUCGUGGCCAUGCUUCUACAUUACCAAAAAAAAAAUCAUAUCAAAAACUUUGUAUUUGUAGUUUGUUUAGCUUUUUUUGUUUGUUUUCAAAAUGAGCGCCGCUCAUUCGCCUUAAAGCGCGCGGCGCUGCGUCGCUACCAAAAAAAAUUCAACAAGUAAUUAGUAAUAAAGUGUCGACGAGGCCAAGUGAAUGCGAGUUGAAGUGAGCGAAUAAGUUAGUGAGGCAUGUAGUUAUGUCCACUCACUAACAUCACUCACAUUUUUACAUUUUAAUUUUCGGGAUUAUAAGAAUUGAAAUUCGAGAUUCCGUUACUUUUUUUAACGAUUUUAACGAAUAUCUUUACUUUUUAUAUUUCGGGUUUCGGGAUCCCGAUACCCUACAACAUCUUUAUUUUCUAUACUUCUCGAGAUCCCGGAGCAUGUUCGAAAGAAAUGUCUUUUAUUAACAUUAUGUACUAACAAUGGGCCUCAUAAAAGCCUAGGUAGGUCAGACAACAUAUUUACCUAACAUUAUGUAAAAGAGGCCAAAGAGGAAAAUAAAUAUGUCCGGUUGUUUUUUAAACCAACAUCGGCCCCAUUCAGGGGACUAUGUUUUCAAAACAACAUCCCGAAUAUUUUUGGCUCAUUACGGAAUGUUUGUUUGAAUAAAUAUCGUCCAACUAUGAAACAAAAAGUAAUAAUAUUUAUUACUAUUUGUAUUCAUUAAAAUUUAUUUCAUAAAUACAUUGAUUUCAUACAAAUAAUAUUGCUCGAAUCCCGCAAUUUCGGGAUUCCAACACUAAAUGUAGUCGUCUGCGCAGAUCGUUACUUUUGCUAAGGCACACACCUGUUGUUGUUACUCUGCCAUCAUCACACUACAUACAGGGUCAUUAGACGAGUUUCCAAUACAAAAGUGCAGGAGAAUUCAAGUGGAUGCGUCAUUUCUUGGUUGUGUUUGCUACUCACCCUGUCUGUGAUUUGUGCCGAAAUUGGUUGCGCUACAGUCGGUCAAAUUAAAUUCGAAAAAAUUACUAGAUCGAACUGAACGGCUUCGAGCCCAAAAGAGAUACGCAGACCAAAUAAGAUAUUCCUUCCUUAGUAAUAAUUAUUUUUGUUUUUGAGUUGAUUUUCAAAUAUUUCGGUUAGGUUAGGUUAGGUUAGUCUGGAAGGGUAAUAAGCCACUCACAGACAAGUUUUGGUCCUUUGCGAUAUCAGAUAGAGAGCCGGCACAUAGUCCAUGAGGCGUAGGUAUCCUUUAGACGGGAAUUUUAAAGGGUUCCGUGACUUCAAUUUCGAUACUUCUUCCAGAUCGUCAUACCCAAGUGCUGGAGGCAUUGCUUUGCCAAUGCAGGACAAGCGUACAAGAGUUGCUCCAUUGAUUCUCUGAUACCUUGUUCUUGACAUUUUCUGCAGUCAUCUCGGACUGUCAGUUCCGUCUUACAGGGGUGCGCCGCCACCCGACAGUGGCCAUGCGCCGAGGUAGUACCUCUCUACCGAAUACCAAUUCAUCCAAAUACAAGUAAGUAAUCGCUUCCCGAUACUCAUAGCUAAGAGCCAGAUUGUAGAGCUCUUCAAAGUCGCCACGACCGAUGGCAAACACCUCAGUCUAUUUGCCACACGAUAUCAUGGUACAUCCUGUUAAAAUGAGAGAAAUGUAUUAUCAAGAAAAAACACACACGUAAUUAAAAAACAUUUACCCAAAAAAUUGUUUCCCACACUUUUUCCUUACCAUUUAUGGGCGCUCGCAUGCACACACACACACGCGCACUUGAGCGCAUCAGCUCUCAUAUUUAGUCAGCGCAGGUUUUUGGUUAAUUUUUGAGCAAGCAAUACCAAACAGCUGCUGUUGUAGUUGUUGUCGUCGCUGUUGCAUGCUACCUGCGCUGCAUACUCAGUUAGCUGGGUUAGGGUUUAUGACUCUGCCUAUUGCUCGUACAGCUCUGCUGUGCCAUCACAAUGUCGACAGUGCGUUGACUUGUGUUGCCCUUUUGGGUCAGACACACGAGCAACAACUAGUGGUAGUGGUAGAGAGCGCAGAGAAGAGCGCGGUGAGGGUAACAUGGGAAAUAUACAAUGUAUGAUUCCUGUUGGAAUUUCUCUACCAGCCAACAAGCCAGCCAGCCAGAAUUGGGAAGUGCAGUUGAGCGGCGCUCAGCUGAGUGCAGAAUUACUGGAGACGCGUCGCUGUACGACGUUGUUGCCGUCGUCGUCUCGUAUUUCUGCUUUCCUUCAGCUGCGUUGGUUCACACGAUCGAUCGAUGAAUGGUUGGUUGGCUAGUUUGUUGGUAGGUUUGCUUGUUUGGUCGGCCUGGUCGACUGCGGAUGGUUUGUCGUUGUAUAAAAACGUACGGAUGCAAGCGCAACAGCAUCAGUUCAUCAACAACUUUCACAGCGAGAACACGUGAAGCGAGCAAGCCAAAAAUUCAUAUUAACAUUUUUUCUAAAUGAACGUGUAAAUUAACAGUUAAUACUGUGGCAUAUUAUUGAUAAGAGACUUUUGAAUAACUCGAUUCUGUGCGGAAAUAAAUAUUUUGUAAACAGUAAAAACAAAAAAUGUAUACGGAUACAAAGAAUCUCGCACAUCAGCUGGCCGACAUGAGCCUCAACGCGGCAAAUACAACUUUAACAACCACCACCACCACCUCAGCGGAGAAGUCCAAGCGCAAACUUUGCAAAAUGUGGCGUCCACUACUCCGGUUAAUGGCACGCAAGCGCAACAGCAGCCACAACACAGCUAAUGGCAAUUCGCAUGCCACCACACUACACCCCAACAAUGUACACCUCAACAACACAAUCCCCACAAAAACACAAGCCAAUGGCAGCGAGGAGUGGCCCACAGCGCAUAUCGAGGACUACGCCAGUCUCAUGCGCAAAAUGAGCUUAAAAGAGCAGUGCAAUCAUGGCGCAGCAGAGGCGGCCAGCACAAGCGCUGUGCCCGAAUGGGAGCGCCCCUGUCAGGCAAGUGCCAAAUUCGCAACAACAGUGAUCAGCAGUGCGAGUAUUGAGAAGACGCCGGCCAGCACGUGUGCGCAUUGUGUCUACGGACGUAAUUGUCAGCAUGAACAGUUUCAUCAUCACAUCUGUGAUGCGGCCACACAAGCCACAACCGCAAACGAAACAACAACAGCAGCGUCAACCACGGCAGGCACCCCAUAUUGGCCCACAAUGCCAGUGCCAGAGGGUACAGCGGCGUUGUCUCAGCACGCGCUCGCCGAACUGCCCAUACAGUACAUGCACACAGACGAUGGCACCUUUUUCUGGACGAAUGCACAGGAGAAAACCGAUGAUGACCUACUCACAGCGUGGUUGUGUCAGAGUUGGCGUCAGCUGCCUCUCCAAGCGGCGCUGCUGUGAAUGUGCUUUCGCAGUGCUUUCACAACAACACUCUCUGUGUGUGUUGAAAGACAGGGACUUUCAUUACUUUCAUCAGGGAUCUCAUUGUUAUUUAGCUUAAUUUAUACAAAUUUACAUAUAUGUUUUAGUAUAAUUGAAUUCUUAGUAUGUAAUGCUAAUAGAAAUCUACAAGAAUAAGUACGUGGAGUACAUUUCAUAACAACAUUUGUUUGCAAUAUAAUUAUUUGUGAUAUGCCUAACUUAACUAAUACAUUUAAAUGUUAAAAUAGUUUUCUUAAAAAAUGAAAAAAAAAAAAUAUUUACAGUAAAAUAUGUACAACAAUAAAAACCAGUAGAAAUAAAUUUUAAACGAAA